UCGGAGUGUUUUUGCUGCGUCAUUAGCAGCAUAGCUGUGGAGCUAUCUUCGUAGUCAUGUUUAUGAUGGGUUUUAAGGUUCGAAAGGGAUAAUGACAGAGCGCAGGACGGCCUUCGGCUCACCCGCGGCGUCUCUGUGGUCAAAAAUCUCCGCCUCUCUGCCUCCCGAUGAAGGGCAGUUUCCGCUGCAGUUCAGUGAUAAGGUGCCGUUGAGCGUGGUGGAGAUGCUGAAACGGGCCCGGCAGGAGCUGUACGGCGGCGGCACGACGGGCGCCGGCCGGGUUCUUAACGCUCAGGUCAUUCUGGACUACUCAUGGGAGAGGCUGAACACGGGAACCUGGCGCCACGUGGACAAAGAGUGGAGGCGAGUUUACUCGUACGGCUGCCUGUUCAAAGCGGCCGCGCUCUGUCGAGAAGCCCCGUCAGAGGAGGGGAUCGUGCAGGCCAUCAGGACGUGCGACAUGGGUCUGCUGAUGGGUGCAGCCAUCAUGGGGAAUAUACUUCAGGUCAUAGUUUGUAUUCUGCAAAGCGAAAUAAGGAAAUUGGCAAAAGAAGAAGAUGAUCAGGAUCACGUGGAGGCUAAGAAAAGGAAGAUUGCGAGCUCACAUGUCGGUCUAAUCAGAGAAGAGUUGGCAGUUCCCAGAAUUAAGUGUCCUUCACUGGAAAGCUUCAACGCAAACCACCUCCUUCCCCUCAAGCCAGUGAUUUUAGAGGGGAUAAUUGACCACUGGCCCGCCCUCAACAAACGUCCCUGGAGGUUUGUUUUCUCCCGAUCUACGCGGAUUCAGAUGAACAUUGUGUUUCUUGAUGAGUACCUGAGGUCUGUGGCCGGCUGCCGGACCGUUCCUGUUGAGGUGGGGUCCCGCUACACAGACGAGGACUGGUCACAAACGCUGCUUACAGUCAACGAGUUCAUCGACAAAUACAUUUUGAAUAAAGGUCAAGUGUCUGAGAAUGGACACAAAGCUGUGGGUUAUCUUGCUCAGCACCAGCUUUUUGAUCAGAUUCCAGAGCUGAAAGAAGACAUCCGCAUCCCAGAUUAUUGCUGUCUCGGGGAAGGCGAUGAAGAUGACAUUACUGUAAAUGCAUGGUUUGGACCCAAGGGUACAGUAUCUCCUCUUCACCAAGAUCCUCAGCAGAACUUCCUGGCUCAGGUAGUGGGAAGCAAAUACAUACGGCUGUAUUCCCCAGAGGACACGGAGAAGCUUUAUCCCCACGAAUCUCAGCUUCUUCACAACACCAGUCAGGUGGAGGUGGAGAAUCCAGACGCUGAACGCUUCCCUGAGUUUGUCAAGGCGGCAUAUCUCGAAUGUGUCUUAAAGCCCGGAGACGUGCUGUUCAUCCCCGUCAAGCACUGGCACUAUGUCCGAUCUUUAGAAGUCAGCUUCUCUGUCAGCUUCUGGUGGUCAUGACUUCAUUUUCUAAUAAAAUCUAUUCAUUCUCCAUU